GUGUCGUCACAUUUCAGGCGAUGCUCUCCCAAGGCACUGGGAUGUGUGCGGUAAGCCGAAACACCAUGUUCUUGACGGAUAGAAGGCGGUCGUCUUUAAACAGUGAUCAGAGGGUUUGGAGAGACAGGUCCAAGGGAUAUAAACAACCAGGUAUGGACUUUUUAUGUCCUCCUGUUCUUCAUGACCUGCUAACCCGUCACUGGGGGGACAUGCGAGAUGGAUUUUCAGAUGCAGAUGAUCUGAACAAAGUGCUAGAUUUUCAAAGCGAAGAAUUGUUGUGGACAGCUCAAAAACGAGGUCUUUGGUCUUUGGAAUAUAAAAGAGAACUGACAAGUCCACUUUGCAUUGCUGCUGCACAAGGUUUUACUGAUUGUCUGCAGUAUUUACUGGAACACGGCGCACACCCCAACCUUAUUGCCGGAGGAAAAGCUGCACUUCAUGAGGCCUGUGCAAACUCCAACACUGAAUGUGUGGAGCUUCUGCUUGAACAUGGAGCAAACACCAACCAGACCACAGAGGAGGGAGUGACUUCCUUACAUCUCUGCAGGACACCACAAUCACUACGUUGUGCAAAAGCCUUGGUGAGAAAUGGUGCCAAGGUGAACUUAUCCAGUGAGGAGGAUGAUGAAACACCAUUACAUGUUGCAGCCAAGCAUGGGCUGCUCCACCACGCACAGCUUUACCUGCGGUUUGGAGCCUGUGUGAAUCAUGUCAGCUCCUCUGGUGAAACACCACUAGGCGUCCUUUGUGGGGUGACUCCAGAAAAGACAGACGACAGACAAGAUGACCAUUACCUUGAGCUCUGCCAUCUCCUCCUGGAUUAUGGCGCUAACGUUAACUUGGUUGAUAAAGAACGGCGCAGUCCUCUACACAAGGCGGCCCGUAACGUUCAGCAUAAGAUUGUGGAGCUGCUAUUGGACUAUGGGGCUGAUGUUAAUGCUAUUGACUAUAACGGGUGUUCACCGUUAUCUAAUGUGCUUCAGAGCUCUGUGGUUCGACAAGAGUGGCAUCCUCACAUAGCAGUUCAGACCCUGUUAAAUCACGGCUCGAUUAAAGUAUGGCCACAGGCACUGCUGAAGGUAUUAACAGCAUGUGCACAAGCACCCAAAACUGUGGAAAUCCUUUUCAACUCAUACGAUCUUGUUCCUGUGACCUCCAAAUGGGUUGAAGCCAUACCUGAGGAUAUUUUUCUUCUUCACAGACCCUUUUAUGAGUCUCUUUUUGCACUGGAGUACAAACCUCGUAGUUUACAGCAUCUGUGUCGGUCUGCACUGAGAAAACACUAUGGGGAGCACUGCCACUCAUUCAUCCCAACACUCCCCGUGCCGACCCCUCUACAACAGUAUCUCCUUCUGGAACCUGAAGGCUACAUUGACUAAAAUCAAGCAUUGUUUUUGAGAGUAGCUAUUUUGAUUUGUGAGAAAUGUGUGUCUUUUAUUUCACUUUCUGAAAUCUGAAAUCAGUACACAGGGGCUGACACUGUAUUUCUUGUUUUCGGUUGCAGUCCUAUUUUUAUAUAUUUGCUAUUUUAGUGCAAACACAGAUUUUAGUGUAUAUAGAGUCACAGGACAGAUUUAUGAUAGCCCAAUAUGUUGCAUUUUUUAAGAUGA